AUGCGCGCUUGUGCCACGCGCCGCGUGCGUGCAGCAGUAGCAUCCAUAGCAGCGUCGGGGUUUCCAUCGGCGUUACCCUCAAGAUCAGCUUCGGCUGCAGUGUUGGGAUCGGGUUUAUGCAAUAACAAGACUCCACACUUCGCCAUCCCUCCCGUUUCCGCAGCUUUACGAUUGGUCUUUGAUCCGUCCGUCUCCAUUAGUAGAUCUCGGGACACUAGCGCUUAUGACUCGUCGUUUCUGAAACGCGAUCUUGGCCGACCGAUCCACGCCUCUUGCCACGUGGCAGAAUUGACGGUCAGGCUUGCUGCAGGAGUGCUAGCUGCUCGCGCAUUUUCUUCCGCGGGUAGCCCUGCGGGAGAGGAAGGCGCAAGCGGCGCAGCUAGGCGCAACAGCGAUGGCGCAGACGCGGAAGGUUCAGCAAACUCCGAACCAGCGAGGUCAGCAGGAUCGGUGGACGCAGCAGCCGAACCUACAGGUCCGCCGCUGCUUCGGAAGCGGCCGUUCAAGGCGGCAUAUGCGCAGGCGGCGGAGGAUGGCGGAGGCGGAUGGGUGGUGAUGCUGGAUGGGCGCAUGCUCCAGACUCCCGCCAAGCGCAUCAUCCGCCUUCCGUCCGCGGCGCUGGCGCACGCGCUGGCGGCGGAAUGGGAGUGGCAGGAAUCGGCGAAGCUGCGUCCGUACACGAUGCCGCUGAUGAAGCUGGUGUGCACGGCGGUGGAUCAGAUCCCCACGGACCGGGACAAGGUGGUCGCACACCUGCUGCGCUUCUUCCACACAGAUACCGUGCUCACCCGCACACCGCUCCCCGCUCACCACGUGCACGCGCCCACACCCUCCCCUUCCUCCUCCUCUUCCUCCUCUGACGCCUCUGACGCCGCUGACGCCUCUGCCGGCGCUGCAGCCUCCGAUCUUAGUGCUCUUGCGUCCACUCCGACCACAGGGCCCUCGCUCCAAGAACUGCAAGCAGCAGCAUGGGACCCUCUCCUAGACUGGAUAGAGUCCGAAUUCGGCGCACGCCCAUCCGUCUCCUACUCUUUACUGCCGCCCUAUCAGCCCGACGCUGCCGUGAGGGCCAUGCGCUAUGCGCUGCAGCCAAUGGACCCGUUCCACCUGGCAGCUGUGGAUUUCCUGGCGGGCCACACGCGCUCGCUGGUACUGGCGCUGGCGGUGGUGCGGGGGCGUCUUACGAUGGACGAAGCCAUGCAUGUGAUCCGCGUCGAGGAGGAUUUUCAGACGGACCGGUGGGGAGUGGUGGAGGGAGGGCAUGACAUAGACACAUCGGACCUGAAAGUGCGUGUGGCAGCGGUGUCGGUCUUUGUUCGCCUCCUAUCCAUGCCUUGA